GUUAUGCCUCCAUCCAGUCAUUUCUCCGCGGUUUGCGUUGCUGUAAAGUAGCUUCCCCUCAUCCGGAAGUUCAGAAAUGGCCGUCAGCUGAUGCUCAAAGCGAUGCGCCACCACUGGCUGCUCCUGAGGAUCUGCCACUGGGCGCUGCUCAUUCUGGUGUUUGUUGGGACAUUGAGCUUCUUCAGACUUGUGGAUGACUAUGGAGACAGAGGUGUGCAGAGCUGGACAGGGCCAAGACCCAAACCAGUUAAAGCUUCAGACCCGGUGAGCUUAACUUCCACUGAAAAGAAGGCUCAUGUGUUUCAGCCAACACUCCCGCCCUUGGACCCCGAGUGGCAUUCGGUCAAUGAGAAGCGAAUCGAGCUGCUCACCUCCAUGUGCAGGAACAGCAGCAUCAAUAAUCUGACUCACGUCUCAAUCAGCAAGUUCGUCCUGGACCGCAUCUUCGUGUGUGACAAGCACAAGAUCCUCUUCUGCCAGACGCCCAAGGUGGGAAACACUCAGUGGAAGAAAGUCCUCAUUGUGCUCAACGGGAAGUUUCCCACUGUGGACGACGUCCCUGAGAAACUGGUUCAUGAUCAUUCCGGAAACGGCCUGCAUCGCCUCUCCUCACUCACCCCGCAGGAAAUAAGUCACAGAUUAAACACUUACUUCAAGUUUCUCAUUGUGAGAGAUCCGUUUGAGCGCCUCAUUUCUGCCUUCAAGGACAAGUUUGAGCAGAACCCCCGUGACGAGCCGUGGUACAACGAAGACAUCGCUCCAAUGAUCAUCGGGACAUACCGCAAGAGCUACUGGGACGGCGUGCUCACCCCCUCCGAACUGCACUUUGAGGAAUUUGUGCAUUACCUGGUCGACGUGGGGGUCCGCCGCCGGAUCCUGGAUCAACUGUUCACCAAUCGAAUCAUCCACUGGAUGACGUACACAGAGCUGUGCGCGCCGUGCGAAAUCCAGUACAGCGCGGUGGGGCACCACGAGACGCUGGAGAAAGAUGCGCCCUACAUCCUCCAUGCGGCGGGCGUGGAGGGCCUGGUGUCCUACCCCGGCUUUCCUCCAGACAUCACGCGCUACAACAGGACCAAGGUGGAGCAGUACUUCUCAGGCAUCAGCAAGCAGGACAUCAGGCGUCUGUUCGCACGCUACCAGAGCGACUUCCACCUGUUUGGUUACCCCCGGCCAGACUUUCUACUCAACUAA